AACUCGCUCUCAUGUCAAUUGAAUAUUCUUAAUGAAUCGGGGCUCCAAUGAAUAUCUCUAGCUUUAUCUCUUUUUCCCGACCUAUCCCUUCAUUCCAUCCGAUUAUUCCUCUCAUUCAAGCAUCGAUUACCUAUAUUCACGUGAUCUUUCUACCACUCUUUUCUAUCCUUUCUAUAAGCUGUUUUUUCUUCAAUUUUCAAAGAAAAGAAGAAGAAGAAGAAAAACCCUGGUUCUAUUUCCUCUAGAAUCAGGAUAUGCUGCUGCUGCUUCUGCUGUUGAGAUCAAACCCACCUUCAGAAUAAGCACCUUGAAUUAAAGGGUUGGAAAAUCUAUCAGAUCUCUCCUUUCUCUUAUGAGUUUGCUUUAAUUUCCCUUUGAUAUAUAUAUUUUGUUUACUUUGCGUGAAUAAUCGUCCUGUUGAAGAAGAUAACCCAUAUUUCAAUUGGGAAUUGGCCAUUUCUUGAAGGAACCAAACCUGUGAGUUUCUAUCAUCUUCAAAUUUCAGGCCGCCUUCAUAAUAAAAUUUGACCAUUUCUUCAUGGUAUUCCAAAUUUGACCAAUUCUGUAUCAAUGUCCAAUAUGUAUGGGACUCUGAGCAAAUUAGACUUAGCUUUAGAAUAUCAAUCCCAUAUUCCCAUAUUAAGGCCAAGUAUCCAUUCAAGGAGGGCGAAUCUGACUGUUAAAUUCCAAGAUAUUUAUGGGUUCCCAGUGGAAGGGAAUGUUGAUGAUGUAAAUGUAUUGAAUGAGGUUAGAGAGAAGAUAAGGCAACAAGGUAGAGUAUGGUGGUCCCUUGAAGCAAGCAAAGGCGCAAAUUGGUACCUACAAACUCGUAUUUCUUCGACCCUUAAAUCAUCUCUCAAAUUCUCUGCAUUAGGAAAUGCAAUCACUCUUAAAAGGAUUAUUAGAAAAGGGAUCCCGCCUGUCUUACGUCCUAAGCUCUGGCUUUCACUUUCUGGAGCGGAUAAGAAGAAAUCAACUGUGCCGGAAAGUUAUUACAAAGAUUUGAUUAGAGCCGUUGAGGGUAAGACAACUCCUGCUACCAGGCAGAUAGAUCAAGAUCUUCCUCGGACGUUUCCUGGACAUGCAUGGUUGGACACUGCCGAAGGUCAUGCAUCUCUUAAACGUGUUCUUGUGGCUUACUCUUUCCGUGACUCUGAAGUGGGAUAUUGUCAGGGUCUGAAUUAUGUUGCAGCUCUGUUAUUGCUAGUGAUGAAAACGGAAGAAGAUGCUUUCUGGAUGCUAUCUGUUCUUCUUGAGAAUGUUUUAGUCAGUGAUUGCUAUAGUAAUAACUUAUCAGGCUGCCAUGUUGAACAACGAGUCUUCAAAGAUCUUCUAUAUAAGAAAUGUCCCAGGGUAGCUGCUCAUUUGGAAUAUCUGGACAUUGAUGUCUCCCUCGUAACCACUGAAUGGUUCUUAUGUGUUUUCUCCAAGAGUUUGCCUUCCGAGACAACUCUUCGAGUUUGGGAUGUGCUAUUCUAUGAGGGGGCUGCAGUUUUGUUUUACGUGGCAUUGGCAAUCUUCAAGAUGAGGGAAGAACAGUUGCUUGGAGUGCAUCAGGUUGGGGAUGUGAUCAAUAUAGUGCAGAAAACAACCCAUCAACUCUUUGAUCCUGAUGAACUACUAACGGUUGCAUUUGAUAAUAUUGGGUCUAUGAACACAACCACCAUAUCAAAGGAAAGGAAGAAACUUGAGCCUGCAGUGAUGGCAGAGCUUGGCGAAAGAGUUCGAAGAUUGAAUUCAAUGAAAGCCGAACACAAAUGAUGAUAUGAUGAUCGUCGUUGAAGUGUAUUAAUAUGUAAAAUCUUGUAAAAUUAAUUAUAGUUAGAGCUAAUUAAGGAUGUUGUCUGCCUGCUUGAGCACUCGAAAAAUAGAACACAAGCUGACAAUGGUUUCUGUAAAUUGUACCGUUGGAUGUUGGAGGAUUCAUGUCUUUUAUGUUCUAAAAGUUAUCAUCAUAUAGCUGUUAUUUGU